UGGUGCGUAAGUAAGGAUAGCAUCCGUAGAACUCAAUGUAUUUCGGUACACCCAACAUGGCUGCCACAUACGUGCUAAGAAAAUCAUCGUCGUUUAGUUGCAACUAGUUAUGCCUGAUUAUACUGUAAAGAGGGGAGUCAUUCUUGGACCUGCUGUAAACAGGUCUCGGUUAGAGUUUUUAUUCAAUGGCAUCUUCCAUUAAUUCUCUGGAAGCGAUUCAGAAAAAAAUAGAUGCUGUUAAACUCUUCCUCUCUGUUUCACUGAGCAUCGCCAAUGCCCACACUGUGGAUUUCUACACUUGCGAUGUAUGGGACCAGUUCAUGGCUGUGCCACCCGUGGAGGUCUUGACAGAGAUCACUUUGAAUGGUGACCACAAGAGGGCGCCAGAACACUACUUAAAUCAUUGCAGUGGUACCGCCAAGAAGAUCACCUUUGGUUUCUGUGAUGAUAGUAAGCGCCUGGUGGAUGUGGCUGAGCUCUUGGAGGCUGCCUAUGCCCACUCCCUGCCUGGCCUCGGGGUCUGUGUGGGCCGCACAGAGCUACUGCAAUCCCUCAGACACACAGACAACGCUCAACCCCUGGAGGAAGCUGCUGUGGUGGAGAGUGAUGAGUUUAUGAACUCCAAGAAGUCCCACGAGGUGCAGGCCAUGUCAGAGGUGGUGUCCAGCCUAGCCCAGCGCUGCCGGGUCACACAGGUGAUUGAUGUGGGCUCGGGGAAAGGUUACCUGUGCUCCUUCCUGUCGCUGCAGUACGGCCUCCAGGUGUACGGCAUCGACUCGUCCAGCGUCAACACGCACGGCGCCCAGGAGAGGAACAGGAAGCUCAAGAAGUACUCCCGGGCCUACCAGAGGCACAGCAAAGCCAAUAGGACUCCGACAGUGAUGCCCCCCUCAGGCCAGGAGGACUUGGAGGAUGUUGCACCCGGUGAGAGAGAGAGAGGGGACAUGGUUAAGACGAGUGGGGAUGCAGAGAAGGAGGAGGGGAAGGGGAGGGGAGAUGGGGAGGCACAGACCAACACAACAGGGUUAACAGAUCGGAAUGAGGAAGAUGCAAUGACAUCACUUACCUCCGCCAUUUUGUUAGAGGACAAUUCCCUUCCAGAGUUGGACCAAAGUGACCCAGCCUCAGCUCCAGAGGAUCCUUUUCUCAGUGCCCUGUGUGUGGGCAUGGUGGAGCCCACCUCCCCCCGGGUUCCCCCCAGUGAGUUGAGCCUGGAGGAGAGGGAGAGGAGGAAGAGGGAGAACCUGGAGAGGAAGGCCAGGAGCUGGGUUAACAGUGGUGGCAUGGGCUGCGGCAUGCUGUACUCACCUCUGACCUCCUACGUUACCGCGGAGACGGAGCUCAAGGAAAUUAUUGGGGAGUUAGAGGAUGCGGUCAUGGUUGGUCUGCACACGUGUGGAGACCUGGCGCCCAGCACCCUGCGCAUGUUUGUGGCCAAACGGGAGCUCCUCUCCGUCUGCAGCGUUGGCUGCUGCUACCACCUUCUCUCUGAGGAGUUUGAUCCCACCAGACAAGAGUGUCCAAGCAGCAGCGUGUGUGGUUUCCCCCUGAGUGGCUACCUGAGGGAGCAGUCCUGGUUCUGUGGCAGAAAUGCCAGGAUGUCGGCGUGUCUGGCUUUGGAGAGAGUUGCCAAGGGCCAAGGGAUUCAGAUGGAGUCACUCUUCUAUAGGGCCGUCCUCCAUGUGAUUCUAAGGGAUCACUACAGCUCCUUUAAAAGCGAGAAGCGUGUGGGGAAUGUCUACUCCAAGGCCACCUCGUUCGUGGACUACGUCUGGAGAGCCCUCCGGAGGCUGGAGCUGGAUGAGUCAAAGCUCUCUGACGGUGUCAUACAGAGUUACCACGACACAUACCGACCCAGGAUGGUUGAGAUGGAGGCCUUUAACAUGCUGAAGGUGACUUUGGCUCCCUGCAUCGAGGGUCUGAUUCUCCUGGACCGCCUCUGCUACCUGAAAGAGCAGGGAUCGGUGAGACUAAAAUGGUGGAUGUCUACUGGGGAUUUGCUUUCACCUGUCCAGUUCCUACAGGAAGACGUGGCGUUCUCCACUCUGGUGCAGCUCUUUGAUCCACUGUUGUCGCCGCGCUGUUACGGAGUUGUCGGAGUGAAGGCACCUGGGAUGGAGUUGUCAGAGUGAAGGCACCUGGGAUGGAGUUGUCAGAGUGAAGGCACCUGGGAUGGAGUUGUCAGAGUGAAGGCACCUGGGAUGGAGUUGUCAGAGUGAAGGCACCUGGGAUGGAGUUGU